CGUAGCCCCGCCAUGGCUCUGUAGCCGCGACCCCUCCGUGCCCCCGGCCCGCCUCCACGCUUACCGCGCCUGCGCUCUCCGCUCCCGCCUUCUCUCUUCAGCCGAGGCCGCUGCCGCCUCUCUUCUCCGCAGCCAUGGAGUCCUCCACUUUCGCCGUGGUGUCUGUCUUCGCCCAGCUGAGCAGCCUGCAGAGCCGCCUCCCAGCUGCUGGAGCAGCCUCCUUCACCGCCACCCGUGCCCAGCGCCCGUGCUGCAGCCAUGUCACUCCUGGCGACCCUGGGGCUGGAGCUGGACAGGGCCCUGCUCCCAGCUAGCGGGCUGGGCUGGCUCGUAGACUAUGGGAAACUCCCCCUGGCCCCUGCCCCCCUGGGCCCCUAUGAGGUCCUUGGGGGAGCCCUGGAGGGCGGGCUUCCAGGGGGGGGAGAGCCCCUGACAGGUGAUGGCUUCUCGGACUGGAUGACUGAGCGGGUUGACUUCACAGCCCUCCUCCCUUUGGAGCCCCCCUUCCCCUCCGGUGCCCUCCCCCCACCUUCCCCGCCCCCACCUGACCUGGAAGCCAUGGCCUCCCUCCUCAAGAAGGAGCUGGAGCAGAUGGAAGACUUCUUCCUCGAUGGUCCACUUCUUCCACCGUCCUCCCCACCACCACAGCUGCCGCCGCCGCCACCACCGCCAGCAACCCCCCUUCCGCUCCCCCUGCCCACCUUCGACCUCCCCCAGCCCCCUGCCCUGGAUACCCUCGACCUGCUGGUCAUGUACUGCCGCAACGAGUCCGGGCAGGGGGAUGCGGGCUUGGCACCCCUUCCCCCAGCACAGGAGCCCCCUCCUCCUCUGCCUCCUCCCCCCUCUCGCCCGGCCCCCUACCCCAGUCCUGCCACCACCACUCGAGGCGACCGCAAGCAAAAGAAGAGAGACCAGAACAAGUCGGCGGCCCUGAGGUACCGCCAGAGGAAGCGGGCAGAGGGGGAGGCGCUGGAGGGCCAGUGCCAGGGGCUAGAGGCACGGAACCGCGAGCUGAGGGAGAGGGCCGAGUCCGUGGAGCGGGAGAUCCAGUACGUCAAGGACCUGCUCAUCGAGGUGUACAAGGCGCGAAGCCAGAGGACCCACAGCAGCUAGACGGGCAGGCUCUGGCCUCUAGGGGGCGCUGGUCUUCACCUCUUUGGGGGGGCGGGCUGAGGCAGGAGGGUCCCUCUCUCAUCCCUCUGCCUCUAGCCUCUUCCCAUCCCCCACCCCCCAUUCUCUCUCCUUUUAUCCUUGUGUCCUUGUCCAUUUCUGGUUUUGCUCCCCUCUUCCCUCCCCAGAACCAUGGCCCAUCUGGCCUUAGUCAAUGUCAGCACUUCCCAGGUGACAGCUGAGGGAGGGGCCCCGGGGAGCUCAGGAUCCUCCCGCAGCGGGGAGACCGGGAAGCUGUGCCGAUGAAGACAGGAGAGCCCUCUGGGGCAAGGUCAGGGAGGGUUUUAAGAAUGACACCCAUGUGAUGAAGCACGAAAAGCAAGCCAGGUGACCCAGGGAAAGACAUUUGUGCAGGGAGCCGGCUCAGCGCCAGUGGCUGUGGGGGCGGAUGGGGGGGCCGGCAGGGCUGGGGUGGCCGUAGUUGGUGGCUGGGUGUCCGUUUAGCUCUGGGAAGAACGCAGUGUUCUGUGAAAUGGUUGGGGCUGGGCUGUGUCUAGGUGAGGGCGGGCAGGGAGUGAUCCUUGGGGGGUGGGGGAGCAAAUAAAAUGAAUUUCCUCCA